CUUCUCAGAGUGAAUGUUUUUUAUUUUAGUUUUCCCUAUAAGGCUAAGAAAAUCAUCGAGAACAUGUCGGUGGUUGAACAAGAUCUGGAUCCAGAUAGUACUACAGGUACAGAAUUUGUUAUAGAUUCUGAAGAAGAACUUAUUAAAGAAUGUGAAGAAAUGUGGAAAGAUAUGGAAAAUUGUCAUUCUAAAUGGUCGUUUAUUGGAACUGAGACGCUAACUAAUUCAAAUGCUCAGCUAUCUUUACUGAUGAUGCAAGUGAAAUGUUUGACUUCUGAACUCAAGCAAUGGCAAAAUGAAACGCCUGAAGUAAUUCCUCUGACUGAUGAUGUUCUAACUACAUUAGGGAAGGAAGAGUUACAAAAAUUGAAACAUGAUCUUGAAAUGAUACUACCCACUCUUCAGUCAAAGAAUAAAAAGUUAAAGGAAGACAUUGAAAGAGAGCAGCAGUGGAUGGACGAGCAGCAACAAGUAUUGGAAACUCUUACUACAAUCCACAGUGAACUGGAAAGCCAGGUUAAGGAGCAUUCUAAAUCCAAGUUUGUAAUUGCUAAUGAGAUGAAAACAAAAAUUCUCAGUAUAAAAGAAUUUAAGGAGAAACUCUUGAUUGCCCUGGGUGAGUUUCUGGAAGACCACUUUCCCCUGCCUAGUGGAAAAACUAAAAGGAAAAAGACAAACAUUGAAUCAACUGCAGAGCUGAUAACAUUGAAUGAGAUUAUAGAGAUCCUUAUAAAUAGAAUGUUUGAUGUUCCGCAUGAUCCCUAUGUCCAAAUUAGUGAUUCCUUUUGGCCACCGUAUGUUGAGCUGCUGCUGCGCAAUGGGAUUGCCUUGAGACAUCCUGAAGAUCCAACCCGAGUGAGACUGGAAGCCUUUCAUCAGUAAAGGAUGAGCUCUUCUCAUACCGUAAGGAAUUGUGUUAUCCAGAGACAAAGGAAGCACAGUACCAUUUGAAUAAGCCAGGAGCAGUAAACAGCUCACCGUCCCCAUUCCUCCUGCUGGCUUGUUAGGCAGGGUCUUUCCAUGGAGCCAGGCCGGUGUCCAUCUCCAUCUCCCGUCUCUCUAGUGCUGGUUGUGGUGUGCGCCACCACCAAGCCAGGCUGUUGAUCUACUUUAAAACUUAAAUAACACGUACUGUCAACUAUUCAUGUUUAAAGUGAUUUUUUUUUUUUUACUCAUUCAGUACUUUGAUGUUUUCAACUACAAGUGAAAAAUACUGUAGGCUGUAUUUAUGGUCUUUAUUUAAAGUUCUUUGAAAAAUUGUAAAUCUGUGAAGUUGCUAAUAUUUUUCUAGAAUUGUUAUAUUGGAAGCUAUUGGCUCAUGCCUACAGGCUGAGAUCUGAGGAUCCCAGAUUGAAGCCAGCGGGGUGGACCUUUAUCUCCAAGUAACCAGC